AUGCACAUUCCUGUGCCAGCCUUCUCUCCAGAGCUAGGCCACCCAGACUGUACGAAGAUGGAACAGCCUGCUGUUGAGGAGGAUGUACCCAUGUUUGAGGAGGAUUUAGAUGAGGAUGAGAUUCCAGCACCUAUGCCUAUUGAUCAUCCCCUAGUGCCACAGCCUGUAGCACCACUUGGCCAUCCAAGUGCUUCUUCUUCCUCUGCUGCCCUAGAGUACACUGGUGAUGGGACUACAUGGGCACAGCUAUUUAGUAGGCUGGAGAGCAUGGAGAGGACGAUGGAGCAGGGCUUUUCUCACUUGAGUGGGAGGAUGAGCGCCAUGGAGACUCAAAACAGCUAUAUGGAAUCAGUCGAAAAGAAAGAAAAUUUCCUGGUAAUAAAGUCAGCACCUGUCCUAGUUCCACCAGCAUCAAAGACAAAUGAAGGGCUCUUCUUCUUAUCCAACAUAGACCAGUACCAGUGCUUCAUUCUCUCCACAGUUUACUGCUACAAACCAACCACAAGAAGUAGUGAUAAUGUUUUUGAAGUGAUCAAACAAGCAUUGGCUGAGGUGUUAGUACACUAUUACCCGCUCGCCGGGAAGCUUGCACUGGACUCAGAUGGAAGAUUUGUCAUUGAAUGUACAGGAGAUGGUGUACCAUUUAUUGAAGCAAUCACAACUCAUGAACUUGAAGCCUUAGGAGACCUUACCAAGUUAGAUUUUGGAAUACUAUCACAACUUGUUUAUACCUUUCCUCCUACCAAAAACAUUUUAGAAAUUCCUCUAGUAGCAACUCAGGUUACCAGGUUUAAGUGUGGAGGGUUUGCUCUUGGAGUAGCAAUAAACCACAGCAUGGCUGAUGGACUAUGUGCCAUGGAAUUUAUCAGCUCAUGGGCAGAAAUUGCAAGAGGCUUACCACUAACUAUCUUGCCUUUCCUUGACAGAACUGUACUGAAAUCAAGAAAAACUCCUAAGAUUGAAUUCCCUCACCAUGAGUUCUAUCAAAUAAAAGAUAUGCCAAAGACCAUAAUUGCAUCCCAAGAUGAAGAUUUUUUGAGCAAAUCUUUCUGCUUCAAUAUGGAAAGAUUGGAACAAUUGAAAAGAUCAGCCAUGGAAGAUGGUCUACUAGAGAAAUGCUCUAGCUUUGCAGUGGUAGCAGCUUAUACAUGGAGUAUCAUGACUGAAUCACUUCAGAUGGAAACCGACGAAAAGACAAAGCUUGUAUUUCCAAUAGAUCUCAGAUCCAAAUUCAAUCCUCCACUACCAAAAGGAUACUUUGGCAAUGGCAUCUUCCAUGCAAGUUGUCUUUGCAGUGCAGGUGAAUUAACAAGUAAACCAUUGUCAUUCGCAGUUAAAUUGGUGCAAGAUUCAAUUAAAUUGGUGACAGAGGAUUAUGUGAGAUCUGCUCUUGACUACUAUGAAGUAAACAGAACAAGUCCUAUGGCAACAUAUACACUUUUUCUGUCAUCAUGGAGCAAAUUGGAUUUCCUCACUGCUGACUUUGGGUGGGGAAAUCCAAAUCAAAUUACACUUGGAAAUCCAGGACCUAAUUUGUGUUUUAUCCUCCCUCAAGAGGAAGGCAAGAAGGAUAUGAAUAUCUUGGUGGUCACAAAAUCAUCUCUCAUGACUGCCUUUGAAGAAACUAUCCAACUCUGAUUCAGAGAAAAGACAUGCAUUUGAUGGAUGCUUGUGCAAUA